CAUACCUUCCACCCCACCACCGGCCGUAAACCUCACCCAUCUACGACCACCCCUCCACGUCCUCCACCACCACGCUCCCUCACCACGACCACCACCUCUCCACGUCCCAUCACCACCGCUACCACGCUCCCUCACCACCAUCACCCACUUGCGCGCACCACCACCACCAACCCACCUCUCCACGUCCUCCACCUGCGCCCCUCCUCCCCCCCCUCGCCCGCACCCCCUCCCAACAACCACACAAUGCUCCUCUUCUGCCCGCAAUGCUCCAACACUUUGACCGUAUCCCGCUGCCCCUCGAGCGCCAGCAACCGACUCGAAUGCCGGACGUGCCCGUACCAAUUCCUUCUGACACGCAAGUACUACGAGCGCAAGCCGAUGAAGCGCAAGGAAGUCGACGACGUGAUGGGCGGCGACGGGGCGUGGGACAAUGUCGACCAGACUGACGCGCAAUGUCCUGAUGCGAACUGUGAAAACGGCAUGAGGGCGUACUUCUAUAUGGUCCAGAUCAGAAGCGCCGAUGAGCCUAUGACUACGUUUUAUAAGUGUGUUACUUGCGGGCAUAAGUGGCGGGAGAAUUGAUCUCGACUCUCGACUCUCGCCGAUGCAUAUCACGCUCAUGUAUGGUAUUCCAGUAUUCUCGUCGCACCGAUCCACCAGCCUACCAACAGCCUACCAUCAUCACCAUCAUCCUCGACAUCCCCGACUGCACCGAAAGCGACCCCAUGUACCCUGUAUACCCCGAGCGCAACAGUAUGGAGGAAGAGGAUAUGAUCGCAUAUCGGACGAGGUGGGAGUGUUGCUUUCCUUUCAUAUUUCACAUUUCAUGUUUAUACACGGCGCUGUUCUGUUCUGUAUACUACCUACUUUGAUUUGCUUUACUUUACCAGCGGGCGUCAAAUGUAUUGUUUUCUGUCUCUGUCUGUCUCUGUCGGUACUUGUAUGGUACUCUGCUGU